AUGUCUAAGAGAUCGGUGUUCACAACAAUCAGCCCGCUGCCUGCGGGCAUCCCGCGCCAUGUCGUCCUCGAAUUCCUACACAACCACUUGGAGAUGAUUGACCUGAAUCCCCUGGUGAAGGAGAGGCAUCCCAUCAAGCCGCCUGCUGACGCCCCAGCCGAUGAGAUGAAUUGCAUCUGGUACUCCCUGACCGACCGCAUCACGUAUCUGCCCGGGGGCCUGGCGAGCGGAGACAUCUCAUACACAUGCGCGUUCCAUGACCUCCCGGACGGCAUCCAGACCCACUGUCGCGCCCCGCUCAAUGUCGACAUCAGGGAUAAAUGGACGCUGUGCGGCACGUUGCCUGGUGAGCCCUCCGAGCCCGUGGAGCUGGGCAUCGGCGCGCCGGCGACGGGGCUGUAUAUCCGGGAAGAUGUCGAUCUCCGCUGCAACCUCCUCAUGACCGGCUUCGUCAAGAAGAACCUGAAGAAAUCGCACGCCACGCUCGUGGACCACCUGGUCGAGAAGGCAAGACUGGUGAUGUCUGGAGACAGAGACAGCGUCUACACCGGACGAUCGCCCUCGAGCGCAGCGGAGGAGAAGCCAGUUCUGUUCUCACCGUCGCAAUCAUCACAGAAACAGGCUCAACGCUACAGCGGCCAGGCAACGACGGCGGGGACGAGACGGAGCCCGCCUCCGCAACUCGGGAGCCCGUUUGUUCCUGGAUACCAGCCCGGACGGCCGCCGUCCAUGCGAUACCCCAGCCCACACACGGGCGAGCAGCGUCCCAUCGCACCAGCCGUCGCACCAGCCGUCGCACAUCAAAGAUCGCACUCACAACACGCCAACCCUCCCAGCCAGUUCGACCAACACCGCCCAGCAGCCUGGCCCCCCUCAGCAGCACACGCGCUCCCUCCCACGCGGCCACAACACCCGGAGCACUACUCCCUCCCUCCACCGGCCCACCACGACAACGCACUCUACCCUCAGCCCCUCCGCGUGCGGAACCUGUCCGUCGGCUCAGCCCACGUGACACAGCCCCUACCAGGCACGACGAUGACGACGAGCAACGGCGGCGGCGGCCGCUCAGCCUCGUACCGGAGCUCGGACUCGUCCGCCGGAUCCACGCUGACAGCAGCGACCAGCCGGCCGUCCGUCUCGGAGCCCAGGACCAGCAGCAGCGGCGACGACCACCCGGAGUACCCGUCCCUGAAUCCGUACUCGGACGCAGGUGGUGACUGCGGCAGUCCCUCGCUUGAUGAGCCGCUGCCGCCGCGCAAGCCGCUGCUGUUCGCCGAGCUGGCCGGGUCGGAGGGGCUCAGGAAGGGGAAGGGCGAGGAGCAGGCGCGCCGCGGCGCGCACCACCCGUCGGUGCUAAGGCCUGGGGGUCGCGCUGGAAUGGGCGCGCGGCUGGACUCGCCUUUUAUCGCGGAGCUGGAAUGA